AAAGUGGAGGCAUUUUUUGAGAGAAACCAUUUUUAUCGGGAACAUGACUUUAUUUUCGUUGAAUCGUCAUCUCUUCGGUACUAAUUCAAUGUCUAGGAGUACAAUCUUGAAGUUACGAAACAAGCGAAAGAGAAAGUCUGCGAUGAAAAAUCUGAAGGCUGGCUUCCGAAGGCUGAAAGCAGAGAUGCAAGAGAUCAGUAAGGAUCAACAGAGCAUCAAGGAAGGACAGAAACAAGUCAGAGGAAAACUCGAAGCCAUUGAAGCUGAAUGUACACAACUCAGGAAAGAUACGGACCUCAUGAUCAGGCAGAGUGCUGCGAGCAAGCUUAAUCUGUGUCUAAUGUUCAAAAUCCUAAAGGCCCGCGAAGAAGGCGAUUUUCUUAAGGCCACCCAGCUUGCUCAAUUGCUUCGCACAAUACUGACCAGGCAGAAUGAGCAAAGGCAGGGAUCUAUAUAACGGACAAAUAAGGAACAAAGGCAGGGGAUCAAUAUAAUGGAUAAAUAAGGAAUAAUUAUCGAU